UACAACCAACGUAUAACUAGAUCUACACUUCGUACGGGCUUUACAUUUUGCCGUCUGUAGAACACAGCGUCGGUCCUCAGUCCGUCCACGAAUGAAUACUCACGUGUUUACCACCACUGCGACGCUACCGAUAUAUUUAGUUGAUAAGUUUGACUGUUGACGCCCAGGCUAGCCUAGUUAGCUGCUGCCAUUAGCAGUGGAGGCAGCAGUGCAGUAAGUUGCUGCGUUUCCAAAGUUUCAGCGUCGUAGUUGUUCUGACGUGGGUCACCAUGGAUCACUUGUUUGCAGGUAACUAGACGUAUUGGCUAGCUGUGACUAGCAGUCAUCUGAAUUUCAACUAGUUAUCUUUAGCUGUUAAACAGCAGCAUGUCUAAUCAGCUGACUGCAGAGCAGCAGCGAAAGAUUGAGGAGAACAGGCAGAGGGCUUUAGAGAGACGAGCUCAAAGACUUGGACAGACUGUCAGCACCAAUCAGACCUCGGCAGGAUUCAACACUACUUCACUACAAAUACCUCCCCCUAAACAGAGUGUUGCUCCGCAUCCUGCUGCCUUCGCCCAUCACAGAGACGCAUCUAGCUCAGUUUCUGCACCUAAACGGUUUAUUCCACCGCCCCAAAAACAGUCACAGAGCUUCGACAAUCAAAGGCAAGGAUCAAAGCACCAGCAAUUAUCUGGUAGUGGCACCCAAAUCAACAAGAGUACCCUGUGUAACUCUACUUCUAGACAGAUACAAGUUAUUGACCCACUUCCCCAGUCAAGAAGUCAACAUGUGAGCAGCCCUAUCUUGUAUAGUGGAGGAAGCACAGGUGUGAAACCAGCUCAGCCCAAACCUAACCUGACCUCCAGCAGCUCUGGUGGUGCAGUUGGCUCAUUCUACAAGCAAGCAACUAGUAAACCUGCCCAAAGUUCUGUCGCACAGCUUCCCUCAAACUCCUCGACUUUGAAUGCUGUACCUGCAAAAAAGCCUGCCAUCUCUGUGAGAGGAAAAUGUGUACCUCAUGCAGAGGACCGCUUCAGAGUAGAGGUGGGCUACCAUGCAGAGCUUAUUGCUGUUUUCAAAUCCAUCCCCUCCAAGAACUAUGACCCAGCCACAAAGAUGUGGAACUUCAGCCUGGAGGACUAUCAACAGCUAAUGGAGGAGGCAGCCUCUAUUGCCUCUGUGUCCUUGAGGCCUUUGGAGGGGAUGGAAACGGUGGACGUUGCAGCAGCCACCAGCCGAGCUCGUAACAGUGCAGCACUGGGGGCGCUGUUGAAGCUGUGUAACGGCUGGCAGAAACCUGGAGCCAUUUUGCAGGGCCAGUGCAUCCUGGUGUCUCAGACAAAGUUUGAGGUUGACGUUGGUUACCAUGUCGAUGUCAUCGCAGCGUUUAAGCAAAUGCCAACAAAGAACUAUGACAUGAAAACAAGAAAGUGGAGCUUUUCACUUGAGGAUUACAAGAGACUCAUGGAUGUCCUCGGUGGGAUAGCAGCAGUGGAGGUGGAGCCUCUGCCCAGGGCAGUAAUCCAGGCUUUCUCUGCCAGGUUUGACGGGACUGAGGCCAGGUCUUUAGACAUCCCUGAGGUAGACCUCUCCAGCAUCGACCCCUCGCUCACCCGCAGCCUUAUGCCCUUCCAGAGAAAGGGAGUCAAUUUUGCAGUGUCUAAACAAGGCCGCCUCCUCCUGGCUGAUGAUAUGGGCCUGGGAAAGACGGUGCAGGCCAUCUGCAUAGCAGCCUACUACAGGAGUGAGUGGCCCUUACUGGUAGUGGCUCCCUCCUCUGUACGAUUCACCUGGGCAGAGGCCUUCACACGCUGGCUCCCCUCCUUGAGUCCUGACAGCAUCAAUGUGGUGGUGAAGGCCAAAGACAACCUGCGGUCUGGUUUGGUCAACAUCAUCAGCUAUGACCUGCUGAGCAGAAUGGAAAAGCAGCAGCCAAGAAACCCCUUCAAUGUUCUCAUCAUGGAUGAAUCCCAUUUUCUGAAGAACAUAAAGACCGCUCGUUGUAGAGCAGCAUUGCCUCUCCUAAAGGCAGCAAAAAGAGUAAUUCUUCUAUCUGGGACCCCUGCCAUGUCCAGACCCUCUGAGCUCUACACCCAGAUUCUGGCUGUCAGACCUACACUCUUCCCUCGCUUACAUGAGUUUGGGAUUCGCUAUUGCGAUGCCAAACAGAUGACUUGGGGCUGGGACUACUCAGGCUCCUCUAACCUUGGUGAGUUGAGGCUGUUACUGGAGGAGUGUCUGAUGUUGCGCCGUCUCAAGUGCGAAGUGCUGUCCCAGCUUCCUGCUAAACAGCGCAAGGUUGUGACAGUGACCAUAGAUGGGAUCAACAACCGCAUGAAAGCUGCUCUGUCAGCUGCUGCCAAACUGUUGGCCAAGGGACACCGCAACAAAGCAGAAGAGAAGGAAGCCCUCCUCGUCUUUUAUAACCACACAGCUGAAGCCAAGCUACAAGCUAUUAUGGAGUACAUCACUGACAUGCUGGAGUGUGGGAGGGAGAAGUUUCUAGUGUUCGCCCAUCACAAGUUAGUUCUGGAUCAUAUCACCUCCGAACUAGGGAAAAAGAACGUCGGUUUUAUCCGUAUUGACGGGACCACGCCAUCGGCUGAGCGGCAGCAGCUGUGUGAGAAGUUUCAGCACUCGGCCCAGACCUGUGUGGCUGUACUUUCCAUCACUGCAGCUAACAUGGGGCUGACUCUGCACGCUGCAGACCUGGUGAUCUUUGCUGAGCUUUUCUGGAACCCAGGGGUUCUCAUUCAGGCAGAGGAUAGGGUGCACCGUAUUGGACAAACCAACAAUGUGAACAUUCACUACCUGGUUGCUAAGGGAACUGCUGAUGAUCACCUGUGGCCAAUGAUCCAGGAAAAAAUGAAUGUCUUGGAGCAAGUGGGUCUGUCUGAAUCAAACCUCUCAGACAACGCAAUGAACGCCAGCUUCCACUCUAAGGACCCUAACCAGAGGAGCAUCAUGGAGAUGUUCCAGAGAUCUUUCACAGCAGAAGACGACAUAGACGAAGCCAUAUUACUGGAGGCUGCAAACGACUGGGAGGACACUCCGCCUGAAAACAGUUCUGCACAACACCACGCCAAGAUUGGUCAAAGCCCCAAGAGAGGGAGCAUCAAGGACUAUUUCAGCAGAUGACUUAAAUUAAUUUUAUUUGGACAAAUUAUUUUAAUAAAAUUUGGUUUUAAGUUGUUUUUUCAGCCUAUCAUGACUGAUGCGAACUUAUUUUGUUUUGUGCUUUAAAUAAUGUUUUAAAUGUUUUGACAAAUGUAAAAUAGAAGGAAUUAAACUAAUUUUUUUUUUUUGUUAAUUAAAGAAAAUAAAUAAAUGUGACUCAAGGCUCUGUCUAGAAUCCUUCUGGAACCUGUACCUGACCUUAUUAUAAUAACUGGCUGUAUCAACAGCACAAAUUUCUUACUUUUCUUUUUACGUUAUAGAUCAUCCUGCAUUGUUUCUUUGGUGUCAUCUCAACUGGGCGCCCACUUCUAAGGAGAGUAGCCACAGAACUGAAUCAUCUCCAUUCAUAUACUGGAUGCAGUUGUUUGACUGUGGACUGAUGGAUAUCUAAACCCCUUGAGGUGACCCUUUCAGCUUUAUGCAAAUCAACAAUUCUUG